ACAUCUUCCUGUGAAAUCAUUUGUAGACAGUUCAGGAAGUCAAGCAUGAUCUGAAACGGGAGGAGACAGUUACAAGAUUACAUUAGAUUAGUGGCUACACUAUUUUUUUUUUUUAACUACAUAUUAGUGAGUAGAGAGCAUAGUGAGUGUGUGUAUAGGCUGAACAUGGCGGGGGAGUCCUUCAAAGCAUUAAGGUUGUGUUGGCAUAGUUUGGCCCUGCUGCGAAGAUGUCCCUACCCACACCCACAACUGUACAGAUCCUUCAGCUCACAAAGGCCAGGGAAGAGUCGAGGGUUGUUCAGGAAGAUGUUUCUGGGCGUGGCGGUGAGUGUUCCUGCAGUUGUGGGGGUCCGGUACGCCUUUGCGGAACCUCGAGAGAGACGGAAGAUGAAGAUCUUGCUGAAGGGAGUCGGUCGCUUCUGUAGGUCUAUAUAUGUAGGACUCUAUAUCUCAGUAGAUUAUUGGUGGACCACCAAUGUGACGUUACGUUGCAUGGACGAGAGCAGCCCAUUGUUCAUGGCAGGGAUGUCAUUGUGCCACCAAAGGGCAGCAGACCGCAUGGUGGAGGGAGCGGUGCAGAACGGGGGGAUAUAUGUUAAACUGGGACAGGGCCUGUGUGCUUUCAACCACCUGCUGCCUCCUGAGUACGUCAAGACACUGCAUGUCCUGGAGGAUAAGGCUCUCAACAGGAGAUACAAGGAGGUAGAGUCUCUGUUCAGAGAGGACUUCAACACUACUCCAGACAGGAUGUUUAAGAAGUUUGACUAUGAGCCCAUCGCAGCAGCCAGUCUGGCUCAGGUCCACAAGGCAGAGCUGCAGGACGGGACUCCUGUUGCUGUCAAAGUGCAGUACAUAGACCUCAGGGAUCGGUUCGACGGUGACAUCAGGACUCUGGAGAUCCUUCUGGAUGUUAUAAAGUUCAUGCACCCCAGCUUCGGCUUCAGAUGGGUCCUCAAAGACUUGAAGGGGACAUUGGCUCAGGAGCUGGACUUUGAGAAUGAGGCCAGGAACUCUGAGAGGUGUGCAGAGGAACUGAAACACUUCAAAUUUGUCGUUGUGCCAAAGGUUUACUGGGACCAAACCAGCAAGAGAGUGUUGACUGCAGAGUUCUGUGAAGGCUGCAAAAUCAACAAUGUGGAAGAAAUCAAAAGACAAGGACUUAGCUUGAGCGAUACUGCUGACAAGCUGAUCCGUACGUUUGCAGAGCAGAUAUUUUACACGGGCUUCAUCCACGCUGACCCUCACCCUGGCAACGUGCUUGUGAGAAGAGGUCCAGACAAGAAGGCAGAGCUAGUAUUGUUGGAUCACGGCCUGUAUGAAUACCUCAGUGAAAUUGACAGGGUAGCGCUGUGCAAACUGUGGCGGUCCAUAGUCCUGAGAGACAACACUGCCAUGAAGAGGUACUCCAACAGCCUGGGGGUCAAAGACUACUUCAUCUUCUGUGAGAUGCUGCUGCAGCGGCCAAUCAACAUGCGGGAGCUGGGCAUGUCCAACAUCCUGAGUCAUGAAGAGACAUCCUAUAUGAGGGACAUGGCUGUCAAUCACUUUGACAACAUCAUGGCUGUUCUCAAGUCCAUGCCACGCCCCAUGCUGCUGGUGUUCAGGAACAUCAACACGGUCCGCAGCAUCAACAUCACACUGGGAGCUCCGGUAGACAGAUACUGUGUCAUGGCCAAGAGCGCUGUGCAAGGCUGGGGGCGGCUCCAGGCAGAGAGGCCGGGAGUUCUUCCCAGGUUCAGAGUGUUCCGAUGGGUGUGGACCUCCUGGGAGAGCCUCAAGUUCGAGUGUGCCCUGAGGUCAGAAAUGGCGAUGAUGAGUCUGACACGAUCCCUGCUAUCCCUGUUGUCUUACUUCAACCUCAUAUCACUGGAUGAGGAAGUCUACCAAUACCUGAAGUAGAGGCUGACACCCUGACACACCAUACCUCAGCUGCAUACCGGAGACUAGUGACCCCUGUUUAAAGCUCAAGAAAUGCAACCCGUUCGACAGGAGUAUAACUACUGAAUAAGUAUUUUAAUAUGAUAGUUGUCAAAUGGACAGAUGGGCUGCUACAAUGGUGCUAUACAUUUCCCACAUCUACAGUACAUACCAAAUCUGCUUUGGCAGAAUGAAGACUAUCAUGUGUCUUAGUCAGAGGACAGGAAAAAGUACCAAAUACAGCUCCAAGCUAAGCACUUGACUCGCCAGGAGUCAUGGUAUUGAGGAGCACUGUCUCAAUGCCUCCAAGGAAUGUCAACUGGCACAAGACAUUUUAAUGAUUACAAACGUAGAACCAUUUAUUCUUUUUGGUUUUUACUGGGGUUGAAUUUGAUAGCAGUAUGUGGUGGUAAAAAGCUUGAAAGUGAUUCCUUUAAGCCAAGAUUCCUGCUGUGGCCAUGACGAUUUUUAUGAAUGAGAAAGUCAACGAUGGAGCAAUCUGAUUUGAAUAAGAUUGGCAGCCUUUUCAGAUUUAUAUUAAAUCUUAUUAAUAGCACAUGUUUAGACACAGAGAACAUUCAGGCUUUUUAAUCUUACGUUGCAUUACCUGGAUAAUAGUGCUUAUAGAUGCUGAGAUUACUUUAACUGCAGGCAUAUAGUUUGGUCAAGUCAUUCUUUAACAAGUCAUCAAUGUUCAUCCCUUUUAGGAAAUAUUUGUAUUCUUAUAUUUAGGAAAGUGGCGUUAACUAAAUAAAGUGCCCUUCCUCCCCUUGGAA